GGGCUCACCUACAAUGUGAUCAAGUCCGGCAAAGGCGGCCAGCCGGCGACAGGCGACCUGAUCGCGAUCCGCUUCAAGGGCACGAUCAAGAGCUCUGGCCAGGUCUUCGACGACAUCAUGGAGUCGGCGGAGGCGUACUACUUUCGCGUCGGCAGCGGCUCUGUGCUGCCCGGGGUCGAGGAGGCGGUCAAGCUGAUGCACACGGGGGACGUGUGGGACUUGACGAUCCCGGGCAAGCUCGCGUUCGGGGACAAGGGCCGCUCCGCCUCGCCCGGCAAGCCGCGCAUCCCCUCCAACGCCGAGAUUGGCUUCCUGCUCGAGCUUGUCGCCGUGCCGGGCAAGGACGACGAGCUGCUUGAGGUGACGGGCGGC